CCUCCAUCCACCCUCAGAUCCUUCUCACUUCAUCCACGCUCAGCUCACUGACUCUCACUCUGCUGCCACCCAUUGCCACGCCAUGCGAAGGGCAAUGAUGGCGGCUAUGGCAAUGCUGCUGGUGAUGGUGGUCGUCACCAGGGUUCCCAGUACACGAGCACGCUCAACCACUGCUCAUGGCGACAAAAAGUUGUGCUCUGACGUGCACGGGACACUGGACAGCAUGGUGCGUGUGCUGGAAGUGCACGACGUGCCGUUCUUCCCAAAGCACGGUGCCAACAACAAGGGGAACGACAACAACAACAACAACCACACGACUGGAAACACAAUGACGCGCGAAACCACGGUGCUCUCUUCGCUUGUCGACCUGUCCCCGAUUCACCGCAUGAUGGCUGCGUUUGGGUGUGGCGAUCGAAAUGGGGACGGUCGUGGGGAACUGGAGCUGCUUGAGAAUGGAGAACACAAGGCACCUCCCGCUCCAUCAGGUACAAGGUUCACCACGUACGUGGAAGAGAGGGUGAAUGUCAUCCGCCGCAACGCAACGGCCAACCUGCCCUUGCAACAAGAAGCACAGUUGCAACACAGGCGUGAGAGACGGAAUAAUGACCCUGAUGUGCGGGCGGGGCAAUGCACGCUGACAAGUGUGGUCAAUGGCACGUGUCCUGGCGCAGACAAUAGAGGAUGGCUCACCAUCACCCUGAGUGAGAGUGAUGACGUGGACAACAGCACGGAUACAAGCACGUUGCAAGCCAUUUCCACCUUUGUUGUGGACUUGACUGUGAGCGGACACGUGCAGGAAGCGCCGCUGCGGUGGAUUGUGAACAAUGGCGUGUGGGCCCGCUGCCGUUCAUUCUCGGUACUGGAUGUGCAGUUUCUCACUUUUCAGUUGAGCAUGCUCAACCCAAUGGCGCGCAUCGACACGAUCUGGAUACACGACAGCGUGCUGCUUCGGGAAGUGGGCACAAGCUGGUUUGCUCUCAAACAUGAGCUCGUCGACUUGGAGUUGGACAACAAUGCCCUCACAUCUGUUCCAGACGUUUCUGGCAUUGUAACGACGCUAAAGACCCUCAGCUUACACGGAAACCGCAUCCGUCGCAUCAACAAUGAUACAUUCACAGGCUUGACAUUAAUUCAACAGCUGUUCCUUGGCGAGAACCUCAUUUCUAAGAUUGAGGCACAAGCGUUCGAUGACCUCACUCAGCUGCAGCUACUGACUCUGUUUGCCAACGACAUCAGUGCUAUCCCCUCCGGCCUGUUCCAUGGUCUCACGAGCCUCACACAGCUUGAGCUGCAGCAGAAUCCAAUCACGAAGCUUGACCCCGACAUGUUCGCUGAGCUGACCAUGCUGGAUCACCUGAACCUCGAGCACACGCUCCUCGCCCAAUUGCCAGCCACACUAUUCCGAAGCACCACCCGCCUCACCUCUCUCGCGUUGGGGAACAACUUCAUCACGUCCCUUGAUGAGACGGUCUUCUCCGGCCUGUCGUUGUUGGAAGAGCUGCGCAUCUUCGACAACAGACUGACAUCGCUGCCACCAGGCCUGUUCAAGAACUUGACGGCGUUGACUUCCCUGUCUGCUGGAAGCAACGACCUCCCAGCCUUACCUGACGACCUCCUGCAAUUCAACACGCGCCUCAGCGAGUUCUUGUGUGACAACAACCAUUUGACUGCACUUCCAACAGCGCUGUUCGCCCACAACCCAGAAUUAUGGCUGGUGUCGUUUGCCAACAACGCCAUUCGCUCCAUUGACAACGUCCUUGAAGCGGCACAGCUGUCCUCUCUGGAGUUUCUCAACCUCCAAAACAAUCAGCUCACCAAACUGCAACUGCCCGAAGGCUUAUCUCGCCUUCGCGAACUUGAUUUGAGCGACAACCCCAUGAAGGAGCUGCCACAUGUCACGCACACACCUGCUCUGGAUACUCUGCAACUUCAGAACCAUGAAAUCAAGCACAUGGAUUUGGCGCCGCUUCUUCGUCUGCCCAACCUCGAAGUGCUCGAGCUGGACGCAUCUCACGGAACAGAAUCGCUAGCAGUGUUGAAGGACACCAGCUUCACCAGCACUGCACGGCUGUCAACGCUCAGUUUGGAGAAUGUCAAUAUCAGUGCCGUGGUUCCAUCAUUCGAGCACCUUCCACCGCUCAGCCUCAAUGUGCUGCACGUGGGCUGGCCAGGCGCCAGCAGCGACGCUAUUCCAAUAAGUACCGUGUGCAAGCUUCUGGCAAGCAGUUUUCGUGAGCUCCGCAUCACGCACACAGAUUACCAGACCAUUGAGCUAUGUCCUGACAAGACAUUCGACUCACUCCUUCUCAACGACAACAAGCACCUGCGAUCUAUCAUUGUCCACAGCCCACUCCAGAAGCUUAACGUGUCCAACUGCACCCGGCUCACUUCCAUUGAUGCACCUCCAAUCGACACCCUCGACAUCAGCAACACCAACUUUCCGCCAACUGGUGCGCUGUGCACGCGGUGGGGACGACGGGUCCUCUUCGCCCGAAACUUGGAUGAGAAGGCCUUCCGCUCCGAGCAGGCGAUUGAGCCGCUCACAAAUUGCAUCCAGAGAGUGAACGUGCUGGAUCUCUCUGGCAACAAGUGGCUCAGUCAACUGGAGGAGAUCAAUCGCGUCACGCAAAGAGCAGUUGUCUUGUCAGACGAAGAGUAUUGGACGGCCGACUUUGUCCUCCUUCCAAACCGCCCCACUCCUCCCAUCCUGCAACUAACUGAUGCACCAAUCGACUGUGCAGUUCAGCUCUCAAACCAGGACUUGCGACCAGUGCGUGACAUGGCCAUAUUGACGCCACAGAUCGUGUUCUCCUUCCGGUGCACCUGUGCGCGCGGCUUCAAGAUGGCGUCGGGUGGGCGGUGCGUGGUGGACGAUCCAAAAAUUGCCAUUGCCGGCAUCGCCGCUGGCUCUGUGAUUGGCGGGCUGUUCUUUGGCCUGUUCGUGGCGUGGCUGUCACGCCGCUACCGGGGCCUGACCAAGCGCAUUGACUUGCAGGAGCAGCUGCUGGUGGAGAGGGACGAAGAAGUGAUGGCGCUGAAGAAAGUGUGGGAGAUUGGGUUCGAUGAGCUGAGGAUGAUCAAGCGUGUCGCUGCGGGCGCAUUUGGCGUGGUGUUCAAGGCACGAUGGGACACAGUCACAGUGGCGGUCAAAGUGCUGCAGCAAGCCGUCAUGGCUUUCGAUAUCAGCAUGGUGCUUGAGUUUGAGAAGGAGGUGGAGUUUCUGCAGCGUACACGGCACCCGCAUGUGGUGCGGUUCUUUGGCGCAGGCACAGACCCCAACGGCAGCCCGUUCCUGGUGCUGGAGUAUGUGGCCAUGGGGUCUCUGAAAGAUCUGUUGGGGAAGGAUAUGGGGGAAGUCCUGAGGGAGGUGGAGCAAGGGGAGAGAAGGAGUGAAGACAAUGCAGGCGUGACUGCAGAGGAUGAAGAAGAAUUGACGUUGGUGAGCACAGGGUGCGACAGAAGAGCAGAGACGAUGACUGCAUGGGAUUUGAAGCUGCGACUGCUGCGUGACGUUGCCAGUGGCAUGGCAUUUAUCCACAGCCUCGACCAGAUGCACCGGGAUCUGAAGAGUGGGAACGUGCUGGUCUCUGCCAACUUGCGCGCCAAGAUCACGGACUUUGGGUCCAUUCGCCAGUGCUUUACGCGUGACAGCAAUCAGCAGCGCACUCGUCUCUCCUCCUCCAGCCAUAAUGAUGAUCCCCAAUACAGCCAGCAAACCGGACUGCAGACGAUGACGAGCAUGACGCUGACGGCUGGCGUGGGCACGCCGCUGUACAUGGCACCAGAGGCAUUGACGGGCGACAAGUACAGCUUUGAAGCAGACGUCUUCAGCUUUGGUGUGCUCAUGUGGGAGGUGGCGACCCAGCGUGUGCCUGAUUUGAUUGAGCAGGAGAAGGGGAGCGGGUAUCGGGGACCAAUUCUCGCCACCAUCAGCAAUCUGAUGGCGGAUGGGAAGCGGCUCAAGUUUGACGACAGCGAACAGGAUGCCAUCUCCGAGUGGUUCCAGUCGCUGACGUACAAGUGCAUGGCGCAGAAUCCGCGUGAGCGUCCGUCGUUUGGAGAGCUCAAGGACCACCACUUUGCUUGAUUGCGCCUGCUUUCACCUUGCAUGUUUGUGUGUUUGUUUGCUACGUUUGCAUGUCCUCCAGCUCGCG